CAUAAAGUGGUAGGUCCCACUUUGAUAACCUGUGCUCCAAGCGCAUCCUCUUAAGUUUUUUCCUCCUCAGGAAUUUCUUUCUAUCUGUGGGUGACAUUUCUGAUUCAGGGAAGGCGUUACUUCAGUCUGACUCUGAAAUGACAGCGUUUAAAUUUAAGCUUGAACACCUCCGCUUGUUGCUCAGGGAGGUUUUAGCAACUCUGGAUGACUGUGACCCCAUUGUAGUCCCAGAGAAAUUGUGUAAAAUGGACAAAUACUUUGCAGUGCCUGUUUACACUGACGUUUUUCCAGUCCCUAAGAGGUUUUCAGAGAUUAUAAGGAAUGGGAUAGACCAGGUGUACCGUUCUCUCCCCCUCCUGCUUUUAAAAAGAUGUUUCCCAUAGAUGCCGCAACACGGGACUCGUGGCAGACGGUCACUAAGGUGGAGGGAGCAGUCUCUACCCUAGCUAAGCGUACAACUAUCCCUGCCGAGGACAGUUGUGCUUUCCUAGAUCCAAUGGAUAAAAAAUUAGAGGGUUUCCUUAAGAAAAUCUUUAUUCAACAAGGUUUUAUUCUCCAGCCUCUUGCAUGCAUUGCCCCAGUCACUGCUGCAGCGGCUUUCUGGUUCGAGUCUCUUGAGGAGGCUCUACAGGUGGAGACUCUGUUAGAUGAUAUUCUAGACAGGAUUAAAGCUCUUAAAUUAGCUAAUUCCUUUAUUUCUGACGCCGUUUUUCAUUUAACCAAGCUAACGGCUAAGAACUCAGGUUUUGCCAUUCAGGCGCGUAGGGCGCUAUGGCUUAAAUCCUGGUCAGCUGACGUUACUUCAAAGUCUAAGCUUCUCAACAUCCCCUUCAAAGGGCAGACCCUAUUCGGGCCUGGACUGAAGGAGAUCAUUUCUGAUAUUACUGGAGGAAAAGGUCACGCCCUUCCUCAGGAUAGGUCCAUCAAAUUAAGGACCAAACAGACUAAUUUUCGUUCCUUUCGAAACUUCAAGAGUGGCGCAGCUUCAACUUCCUCUAAUGCAAAACAAGAGGGAAAUUUUGCCCAGUCCAAACCAGUCUGGAGACCUAACCAGGCUUGAAACAAGGGGAAGCAGGCCAAAAAAACCUGCUGCUGCCUCUAAGACAGCAUGAAGGAGUAGCCCCCGAUCCGGGACCGGAUCUAGUUGGGGGCAGACUUUCUCUCUUCGCCCAGGCUUGGGCAAGAGACGCCCAGGAUCCCUGGGCUUUGGAGAUUGUUUCCCAAGGAUAUCUUCUGGACUUCAAAACUUCAUCUCCAAAGGGGAGAUUUCAUCUCUCACAAUUAUCUGCAAACUAGAUAAAGAGAGAGGCAUUCUUACGUUGCGUUCAAGACCUACUGGUUAUGGGAGUGAUCCAGCCAGUUUCAAGGGAGGAACAGGGGCAGGGUUUCUAUUCAAAUCUGUUUAUAGUUCCCAAAAAAAGAGGGAACUUUCAGACCAAUCUUGGAUCUCAAGAUCCUAAACAAAUUUCUCAGGGUCCCAUCCUUCAAGAUGGAGACUAUUCCAACCAUCCUACCUAUGAUCCAGGAGGGUCAAUUUAUGACUACCGUGGACUUAAAGGAUGCUUAUCUCCACAUUCCGAUACACAGAGAUCAUCAUCAGUUCCUCAGGUUCACCUUCCUAGACAGGCAUUACCAGUUUGUGGCUCUUCCCUUUGGGUUAGCCACGGCACCGAGAAUCUUUACGAAGGUUCUAGGGUCCCUACUGGCGGCUCUAAGGCCACAAGGCAUAGCGGUGGCUCCUUACCUAGACGACAUUCUGAUACAGGCGUUGACUUUUCAAAUCGCCAAGUCUCAUACGGACAUUGUUCUGGCACGGGUGGAAGGUGAACGAAGAAAAGAGUUCUCUCUCCCCUCUCACAAGAGUUUCCUUCCUAGGAACUCUGAUGGAUUUAGUAGAAAUGAAUUUUUUUCUGACAGAGGUCAGGUUGUCAAAACUUCUAACUUCCUGCCGUGCUCUUCAUUCCAUUUCUCGACCAUCAGUGGCUCAGUGUAUGGAAGUAAUCAGCCUAAUGGUAGCGGCAAUGGACAUAGUUCCGUUUGCCCGCCUACAUCUCCAGACCACUGCAACUUUGCAUGCUCAAUCAGUGGAAUGGGGACUACACAGAUUUGUCUCCUCGGAUAAAUCUGGAUCAAGAGAUCAGGGAUUCUCUUCUCUGGUGGCUAUCUCGGGUCCAUCUGUCCAGGGGAAUAAGUUUCCGCAGGCCAUAAUGUACUAUAGAGACGACAGAUGCCAGCCUUCUGGGCUGGGGCGCAGUCUAGAACUCCCUGAAGGCUCAGGGUUUGUGGACUCAGGAGGAAGCCCUCCUUCCGAUAAACAUUCUUGAACUAAGAGCGAUAUUCAAUGCUCUUCAGGCUUGGCCUCGGCUAGCUGCGGUCAGGUUCAUCAGAUUUCAGUCAGAAAAUAUCACGACUGUAGCCUAAAUCAACCAUCAGGGGGGAACAAGGAGCCCCCUGGCAAUGUUGGAGGUUUCAAAGAUAAUUCUAUGGGCAGAGGUUCACUCUUGCCAUCUCUCAGCUAUCCAUAUCCCAGGAGUAGAGAACUGUUAGGCGGAUUUUCUAAGUCGGCAGACUUUUCAUCCGGGGGAAUGGGAGCUCCAUCUGGAGGUAUUUGCCCAGCUGAUUCAACUAUGGGGCAAACCAGAACUGGAUCCCAUGGCAUCUCGUCAGAACGCCAAGCUUCCUUGUUACGGGUCCAGGUCAAGAGAUCCCCAGGCAGCGCUGAUAGAUGCUCUAGCAGCGCCCUGGUCCUUCAGCCUGGCUUAUGUGUUUCCACCAUUUCCUCUGCUCCCUCGUCUGAUUGCCAAGAUCAAGCAGGAGAGAGCUUCGGUGAAUUUGAUAGCUCCUGCGUGGCCAUGCAGGACUUGGUAUGCAGAUCUGGUGGACAUGUCAUCCUUUCCACCAUGGACUCUACCGCUGAGGCAGGACCUUCUACUUCAAGGUCCCUUCAAACAUCCAAAUCUAAUUUCUCUGCGUCUGACUGCUUGGAGAUUGAACGCUUGAUUUUAUCAAAGCGUGGUUUUUCCGAGUCGGUCAUUGAUACCUUAAUUCAGGAUCGAAAGCCUGUCACCAGGAAAAUCUAUCAUAAGAUAUGGUGUAAAUAUCUUCAUUGGUGUGAAUCCAAGGGUUACUCAUGGAGUAAGGUCAGGAUUCCUAGGAUAUUAUCCUUUCUCCAAGAAGGAUUGGAGAAGGGAUUGUCAGCUAGUUCCUUAAAGGGACAGAUUUCUGCUCUGUCUAUUCUUUUGCACAAACGUCUGGCUGAGGUUCCAGACGUUCAGGUGUUUUGUCAGGCUUUGGUUAGAAUCAAGCCUGUGUUUAAACCUGUCGCUCCGCCAUGGAGUUUAAAUUUAGUUCUUAAGGUUCUUCAAGGGGUUCCGUUUGAAUCUUUGCAUUCCAUAGAUAUUAAACUUUUAUCUUGGAAAAGUUCUGUUUUUAGUAGCCAUCUCCUCGGCUCGAAGAGUUUCGGAGUUAUCUGCUUUACAGUGUGAGUCCCCUUAUCUGAUUUUCCAUGGAGAUAAGGUAGUUUUACGUACCAAACCUGGGUUUCUUCCUAAGGUGCUAUCUAAUAAGAAUAUCAAUCAGGAGAUUGUUGUUCCUUCAUUAUGUCCUAAUCCUUCUUCAAAGAAGGAACAUCUAUUACACAAUCUUGAUGUGGUUCGUGCUUUAAAGUUUUAUUUACAAGCCAUGAAGGAUUUUCAUCAAACAUCUGCAUUGUUUGUUGUCUACUCUGGACAGAGGAGUGGCCAAAAGGCUUCGGCAACUUCUCUUUCUUUUUGGCUAAGAAGCUUAAUCCGCUUAGCUUAUGAGACUGCUGGCCAGCAGCCUCCUGAACGAAUUACAGCUCAUUCUACUAGAGCAGUAGCUUCCACAUGGGCUUUUAAACAUGAGGCCUCUGUUGAACAGAUUUGUAAGGCGGCGACUUGGUCUUCGCUUCAUACCUUUUCUAAAUUCUACAAAUUCGAUACUUUUACUUCCUCUGAGGCUAUUUUUGGGAGAAAGGUCUUACAGGCAGUGGUGCCUUCCAUUUAAGUUCCUGCCUUGUCCCUCCCUUCAUCCGUGUCCUAAAGCUUUGGUAUUGGUAUCCCACAAGUAAUGGAUGAACCCGUGGACUGGAUACACCUUUACAAGAGAAAAAAUGUAUGCUUACCUGAAAUUUAUUUCUCUUGUGGUGUAUCCAGUCCACGGCCUGCCCGGUCAUUUUAAGGCAGGUGUUUUUUUUAUUUUUAAAUUACAGUCACCACUGCACCCUAUAGUUUCUCCUUUUUUCUUGCUUGUCUUCAGUGGAAUGACUGGGGGUGGCAGUUAGGAAGGAGCUAUAUAGACAACUCUGCUGUGGGUGUCCUCUUGCAACUUCCUGUUGGGAAGGAGAAUAUCCCCCACAAGUAAUGGAUGAACCCGUGGACUGGAUACACCACAAGAGAAAUAAAUUUAUCAGGUAAGCAUAAAUUUUGUUUUUCCUUCACUUCCUGAUAACCGGAAGGUGAAGUUCUUCUGCUGUUUCUUCUAUUACGCAUCUCUAACUUUAUAUGCGUGUUUAGAGAGAGACUGACUUCUACAGCUGCUGCUUGUUCUGGAUCUGACAGUGUGGGAAUGGCUCCUGCUCAGAGGGUUCAACGGUCAGGUAGGCACCUCAGCAAAGUGGUGUAGAGGUGCCCUGCAGUGUUAUUUAAGCCUUCUGACCUCUCUAGACUUAAUAUAUAAAUAAAAGGAAAAAAAAUUACCGUUUAAAAUUUAAAGGGACAGUAAAGUUUUUUGUAUGCUUGAAUUUUAUUAAAAGAUAAAUUGUUUCAUUGUGAGUCAGAAUGGACCAAGAGACCUUACAAAGUGUCACUUGUUCUUUAUGUUUUGAUGCCAAUGUGGAACCACUAAUCCCUUUCUUUUCCACAUGUAUUGAGAGAACUUUAAACUAUAGCGAUAGACUUUUUUUCUGAGCCAACAUUUUACAAAGAGGAUGCUGCUCAGGAAUCCAAUGACAAUGUUCAAUUUAUGCCGCAGCUUUCUCCUCAAGCGUCCCAAAUUUUACCGCCCUCACAUGCAGUGCCCUGUAUCCCCUCUCUAGCUCCUGCUGGAGUUUCUUUACAAGACAUCGCUUCUCUCAUGUCUUCUGCAGUUUCAGGUGCGUUGUCUGCUUUUCCUAUGUUACACGGAAAGCGUAAGAGGAAAAUCAGACAUUCAGUAAGCGAGGUUUCUGACGCAGUUGUUGCUAUUUCGAAUGUCCCCUCCCAGAAGCCUGAGGAGAAUACUGUAGUAGCAUCUGAAGGUGAAAUUUCAGAUUCUGACAGUGUAAUUCCUCUUGCUGAUACUGAAGUGGUAUCUUUCAGGUUUAAGCUCGAACACCUCCGUCUGUUAAGGAAGUUUUGGCUACAUUGGACGACAGUGACUCCACGGUCGUUGUUAAUCCUAAGAAAUCCAGUAAGCUAAACAAAUAUUUUGAGGUACCUUCCUCAAUAGAGGUUUUUCCGUUACCAGACCGAGCUUCUGAGAUCAUUGCUAAGGAGUGGGAGAGUCCGGGUAUCCCUUCUUCUACAUCUCCUAUAUUUAAAAAGAUGUUUCCCAUAGCCGACUCUGUCAAGGAAGCUUGGCAAACUGUCCCCAAGGUGGAAGGAGCUAGUGCGGCGGCAUUUUGGUUUGAUGCGUUGUCUGAUGCUAUUAGGACAGACACUCCCCUUGAUGAGAUUCAGGAUAGGAUAAAAGCCCUUAAGUUGGCUAAUUCCUUUAUUACUGAUGCUUCCCUACAGGUUAUCAAGUUGGGAGCAAAGAUUUCAGGCUUUGCCGUCUUAGCUCGCAGAGCCUUAUGGUUAAAACCUUGGUCUGCGGAUGUGUCAUCUAAGUCUAAACUUCUAGUGAUUCCUUACAAGGUGAAGACCUUGUUUGGACCCGGCUUGACUGAAAUAAUCUCUGAUAUCAUGGGAGGAAAGGGUCAUCUCCCUCAGGAUUAGAGAAACAAGCAAAAGGGACCUCAGAGUAAUUUCAGACAGUAAAUACUAUACGUUAUAAAGGAGCAGUGAGAAUAUGUGCGACUGAGUAAAAUGAAAGUAGAAUUGUGUGAACAUGUUAGGAUUGUUCAAGAAAUGAUUAUAGCAAAAUCUAAAAUAUACUUUAUUAUCAUAGGUAAUUUAUACAUCAUAUGAUUCUGGCAUUGGCUCCUGUAAUGAUUUUGUCACCUGAUUUUUAAAGACAACAUCAGAUGGGAGAUUGACUUAAUCUACAGACUGAAAGUGAAGAAUACCUAUGUGUUCAUGUAUGUGGCAUUGUCUUUCAACUGUGCUGACUUCGAAAACCAUACAAAGACAAGUUCACAUGUGAGAUUAACUUCAUCUACAGACUGAAAGUGAAGAAUACCAAUGUGAUCAUGUCUGUGGCAUUGUCUUUCAACUGUGCUGACUUUGAUACAAAAACACGUUCACAUGAUUUUCAUUUUUGCUGAAUUCCCAAAAGAAUUUUGAUUUAUUGUUAGAAUCUAAUUUUUUUUUAUAAAUAUCUUUACAUACUAUAUAAUCUUAUUUAUUUAAAAAAAAAUAUAUAUAUAUUUUUUUCAUUCUUUAUCCAAGUAAGAUAAUAACAAAUACAUCCUUCUAAUAUUAGGACAUGCAAAGAAAAGAUUAGUCCCAUGAUUGGUUGUUAAAGUAUCUAUUUUACAAGCACAUGCCUUAUAUUAAAUAUAAUACAGUUGCACAUUUUUUUUUUUUUUAAAUAUUAACACAGCUCAAGCAGAUAAUGAGUGUUAAAGUCUUGUAUCAUUACAAAAGUUAAAGGUGGAGUUAGAUACAACCAUCUAAUUUUUGGAUGUGUGAUUUAGAGAUGUACAAAUCAUAAAAUGUUAAUGAAGAGGCUAUGCAGUAUAAAGUCUACAUAACAACUUUUUGGUUAUGUCACUUAAGAAAUGUGUAGGGUGAACUUGUUAGAUUAAAGUGACCGUGUAGUUUAAUUUUAUAUCCACAUUCUAAUAUCUAUAAUUUUCUUUUAAAAGUUUAACAUAUUCUUAAAAGAAAUAUAGCUUGUUAUUAUGGUAUCAUUAUUUGCAAGGUAACCUAGGUAGAUUAAAUUAUCUUUAAAGAAAACAUGAUAGCUAAAUUUAUUUUAACAUUUAGACAGAGAUAGUUAUUGUAUGCCAUAUUGAUGACUUUUUACUCUAGUGGAGUGAUUUGAAGGGACAGUUAACUCAGAUAUUUCAAAAUAUAAUUUCUCACAAUUAUCCUAUUUACCUGCUAGAGUGUAAACAAUUGUUUACACGUAUUUCCGUUACCCUUAAUUUUGAAUUUAAAAUAGUUUAUUUUUCCUAUGGUAUCUCCACCUAAUCAUGUUUUUGGCCUUAAGGCAAAGCUGUGUAAACACAGUCAUUAUAAGAUAUUACACUCCCAGUGGGGCAUACAAUAUAUAAGGUAAUACAAUGUACAUUUUAUUUGGUUUAUUGGUUUGCAGAUAUAAGAAGUAUGUAUAUGUAAACAAUGUGAUAAAGUUAGGAGAUCAGGUUUGAUCUACAAGCUAAAAACAUUUUAUUUUGUUGUGACUUCAAAAUAAUAAUUCAUAUACAAACAGGAACAAUUUAAUUUCAUACAUUAUAUACUCUGCUGCUGAUUAAAUAAUAAAGAAUUGUAAACACAUUAAGUGAACCAAA